AUGAUUGCCUUAGACAACGAACCAUUAUCACUUGUUGAACGAGUUGGCUUCAACAAGCUUAUGGAAAAGGCAGUACCGCAAUACAAAUUACCUUGUCGCCCCUACAUGACUAAGAAAGUUAUCCCCGACAUAUAUAAUAGAAUUUGCACUAAAAUUAAAGCUAGUAUUUUACAAGCAACAGCAGUAUCCGUGGCAUCUGAUAUGUGGACAUGUCAGCAAAACAGCCAAAGUUUCUUAAGUUUUACUGCGCAUUGGAUAUCUCCAUAUUUUAUUCUUGAACAUUCUAUUUUAGCGAUGAAGCCGUUUUCUGGUUCACAUACUGGUUUCAAUAUCGCAAAAAAACUCAAUACUAUUGCAGAAAGAUGGGGGAUUUCACAUAGCAAGAUUCAUUUUCUUGUCCAUGACAGUGGAGCCAAUAUGAUAAAAGAUGUAAAAGAUGCAGAAUAUGAUUCUGCUAAGUGUUUUGCUCAUUUACUACAACUGGCUGUCAAUGUAUCGCUAAAUUCUCAAAUAGAAAUAACACAGAUGAUAGCUGCUGCAAGACGAAUUGUCACCCAUUUUAACCACUCUUGUAUAGCGCAAGAAAAGCUAAAAUGCGUUCGUUAA